GCUGAUUGAGUGAGUGAGCAGCAGUAGAAGAGCGGGGGCCGAGUUUCUCGGUGUUGUGUAGUUUAAUGAAUGAAGAAUGUAGUUCUCGUUACAGCGCGAUGGCAAAACCUAACGUUACACCUGCAAAUGCUCCAAAAUUCGACUGUCCCUCGUGGGCAGGGAAGCCUCCACCAGGACUACAUUUGGAUGUGGUGAAAGGAGACAAGCUCGUUGAGAAACUGAUUAUUGAUGAAAAGAAGUAUUACUUGUUUGGGAGGAACCCAGACCUCUGUGAUUUCACCAUUGAUCACCAGUCAUGUUCUCGAGUCCACGCUGCCCUUGUCUACCAUAAACACUUAAAGAGGCUUUUCCUCAUCGACCUCAACAGCACACAUGGCACCUUCCUUGGACACAUUCGCCUGGAACCCCACAAGCCACAGCAGGUUCCUAUUGAUUCCACUAUGUCUUUUGGUGCCUCCACACGUGUCUACACCAUACGUGAAAAACCUCAGAGCCAGGCUAAUGUGGGAGCAGGGGAUAAGGGUGGAGACGAUGAGGAACUGAAGGGACUGCUGGGUCUUCCUGAAGAGGAGACUGAGUUGGAGAACCUGACCGAGUUCAACACAGCACACAACAAACGCAUCUCUGUUCUGACCAUAGAGGAGGGCAAUCUGGAUAUUCAGAGACCCAAAAGGAGAAGGAAAAGUUCUAGAGUGAGCUUUAGUGAAGAAGAGGAGAUCAUCAACCCAGAGGAUGUUGACCCCUCUGUUGGUCGCUUCAGGAACAUGGUACAGACUGCUGUGGUUCCAAUGAAGAAGAAGAAAGUAGAGAGUAGUAACGUUUUAGGAAUAGACGACUCUACCAUGCGACACUCACACGGUUUCGCCUUGAGAGGAGGGCUGUAUGGAGAUCUUCCACCCACUAGCCAUGAGGCUCAUCCCACAGGUGCAUCUGGUGGAACCACCCUCCUUGGAGGACUCCCACUCCCAAACCCUGCCCCAGAGGUGAACUUGGCCCCAGAGCCUCCUCUGCCCCCUGUUACCCUGAAUCCCACACCUGUAACAGGCCCCUAUGUUCCAGAGGGCCUGAGCGAGCCCCGCAAGAAGAAAUAUGCCAAAGAGGCAUGGCCUGGCAAAAAGCCCACACCAUCUUUACUUCUCUAGCUGUGGAACGAACGAACAUUAUGGAUGUGUUGUGAUUUUUACAUAUUUUUCUUCAGCAUCAGUGAGUUACAAGACAUUCCAGUAAAGAUUAUUUUGACUCUGGAUAAAUUAAGCUUAACCUAAAUAUUCAGAUUUCCAUUAGUGGAAUCUAGGACCUGAGCUAAAAUUGGGUUUAAAUUUGGUGUCACCACACAAAAUAACUUGUUCAGAAUAACAACAGUUGCUAGUGAUUUUAUGCAAGCGCAUCACAAAUGUGUAUUUCAGGAAAAAAAGGUAGUCAUGUUGCAGAGUAUAAAGCAGAAAUUGUUUGUUGCUUGUGAUGCUUUACAUCGGUCACUAGAUGGCAGUAGAUGUAUGUGAUUGAGUCGAUUAUACUUGGAUUCUUUACAGUACAUUUCCCUCCCCCUGAACACGUUUUAAAAAAUACUUUUAUAAGAGCUUUGACAGAAAUGUUCCUUUUUGUAUCCAGAUGUUUUCUUUUGAUCUGUCUUUUGCUUUUGUAUUAUCAAAUACACUGACAAUAAACCUGAAAGUACGUUUUA